AUGGCAGAGACUGAGAUCUCUGUCCCUUCGGGGCAGUUUACCAAAAUCAAAGCACCGGAGCUGGUCCCAGAAGUCCUACUAGAGGAGGAGGAAGACAGAGUAUGCAGAGGGAGGGAGCCCCCGGGGCCCGGAGACGGGCAGGCCCUGUGCCCCUACAGGCCCCUCCAGGCCAAGGGGCCGGAGUGCGAGCAGGAGCCGCUGCUCACCACGCAGGAGAGCGAGAAGCACAUUCUGACGCUGCAGACGGUGCACUUCUCCGAAGACGUCAGCUGGCUCAGCCCGCAGCCCCAGGACGGCGUGCAGGUGACCGUCCAGCCGGAGGGCGGCGGGCCGCAGCCCCUGCUCUGGCUGGGCGAGGGGGCCCCGCCAUGUGUCACCAUCAGCCUCCAGGAGGAAGUGUACUCGCUGCAGGAGAUGCAGGUAAUGGAGCUGCACGUUCUGGAAAGCGGCCUGGCCGGGGCCAGCGAAGAGAGCAAGUUUGUGGUGAGCCUGGCGGAAAGCUCUGGAUUGUUGAAGGACGAGGACCAGCUGCGGGCUGAAGGCAGGUUCGAGCCCCAGGCGGGAGAGCAGCUGUUCCUGGUGGAGGCGACCCCGGGAGAUGAAGGAGGAGACGAAAUCGUGCUGACCAUUUCAAACCUGCACGUGCAAGGACAGGAAGAUACGCCCGCAUCCGGCCAAGGACACGCUGACAAAGCCGACUCGCCAAAAAAAACAAAAAAGGCGAAGGAAGUAAAGCGAACCUUCCGCUGUGAUAGCUGCAUGUUCACCUCUUCUAGAAUUUCGAGUUUUAAUCGUCACAUGAAAACCCACAGCGCUGAAAAGCCGCAUAUGUGUCACCUUUGCCUGAAAGCCUUCCGCACCGUCACUCUUCUGCGGAAUCAUGUCAAUACCCACACAGGAACCAGGCCCUACAAGUGCGGUGACUGCGACAUGGCCUUCGUCACCAGCGGAGAACUGGUCCGACACAGACGCUACAAACACACGCACGAGAAGCCCUUCAAAUGUUCCCUGUGCAAGUACGCCAGCGUGGAAGCCAGCAAGCUGAAGCGUCACAUCCGCUCGCAUACGGGGGAGCGUCCCUUCCAGUGCCUUCUGUGCAGCUACGCCAGCAAGGACACCUACAAGCUGAAGAGGCACAUGAGGACACACUCAGGCGAGAAGCCGUACGAAUGCCACGUGUGCCACGCUCGCUUCACCCAGAGUGGCACCUUGAAAAUACACAUCGUACAGAAGCACAGCGAGAAUGUCCCCAAGUACCAGUGUCCGCACUGCGCCACCGUCAUCGCAAGGAAGAGUGACCUGCGUGUCCACCUGCGCAACCUGCACACGUACAAGGCCACAGAGCUGAAGUGUCGCUGCUGCUCCGCGGCCUUCCACGAACGCUACGCCCUCAUUCAGCACCAGAAGACUCACAAGAACGAGAAGAGGUUCAAGUGUGAACACUGCAGUUACGCCUGCAAGCAGGAACGUCAUAUGACCGUUCACAUCCGCACCCACACGGGGGAGAAGCCAUUCACCUGCCUCUCGUGCAGUAAGUGCUUCCGGCAGAAGCAGUUGCUAAAUGCGCACUUCAAGAAAUACCACGACGCCAGUUUCAUCCCGGCCGUUUACGGAUGCCCCAAGUGUGGCAAAGGCUUCUCCCGCUGGAGUAACAUGCAGAGACACUCGGCGAAGUGUGGCGCGGGGCCAGGAAAGCCGGCUGCCUCGGGGAAAGUGAGAAGAACCAAGAGAAAGCUGGCCGUCCGGAAAGAAGCAGUCCAGGAAGACGAAUGCUUCAGGAAACCACAAGCAAACCCACCUUCAGACAACCUUGAACCAACAGGUGAAGCCCCGGUGAGCGCAGGUUCUGUGUCGGCCCUUCUCGUGGGCAGCCAGUGA